CCAGCUUCUCUAGGGAGCGUCAGGCGCACACAGGGUUAAGUUAGUUCCCUCCCUGGUAGGAGGGAAAGGAGGGGGAGGGGGAAAGCACCACACUGUCUCAGGCUGGGUACCUAGUAGUUAGUUGUACGUUCGAAACCUGUCGCGGUCACUUGCGCGUUUGGCAUUAUCCAUUGUCACCGCGGGGGAACGGGCACUCGAGAAAACAGCGCCAGCAAAUCUGCGCGCCAAGGCGCUGCGCUACUCCCUUCCGAGGUGCGCCUCUGCUCCUCCGUCCCGGGUGCCCAGCAGCGGCGAGGCGGCACGUCCGCUGCCGCCGCCGUGUCCACCGAGCCUCGGGACCCAGGGUGGCAGUUCUCAACAAUGGGCAGGAGGGACCUCGGCGGCGACCCCUAAAACAAUACCAUGCUCCGGGAGCCCAGCUGCUGCCGCGCCAGCGUCUUCCCUUCCCACCUCCCUGACCCUGUCGGAUUCGGAUGAGCCCACUGCGAGCAGAAGACGCAGCCGUCAGAUUGCAGAUUGAGCUUAACCAAGGAGUUUGUAGGCUAAUCAAGCCUGGCUUGACCUACGAAAGAAGAAGAGAGCUUUGCCUGCCCACUUGGGCUUGUGUUGACUCGGCUGAUAACUUGCCAUCACCCGUUGCCAGUGUGGAAAAUUCUCCCUGUUGAAUUUUUUUGCACAUGGAGGACAGCAGCAAAGAGGGCAACACAGGCUGAUAAGACCAGGGACAGCAGGGAGAUUAUUUUACCAUACGCCCUCAGGACGUUCUCUCUAGCUGGAGUUCUGGACUUUGACAGAACCACAUCCAGUCAUCUUGAUUUUGCUAUCCGGUUUUUUUUUUUUUCUUUUUAUUUUCCCCACCACAUUGUAUUUUAUUUCUGUACUUCAGAAAUGGGCCUACAGACCACAAAGUGCCCCAGCCAUGGGGCAUUUUUCCUGAAGUCUUGGCUUAUCAUUUCCCUGGGGCUUUACUCACAGGUGUCCAAACUCCUGGCUUGCCCUAGUGUGUGCCGCUGCGACAGGAACUUUGUCUACUGUAAUGAGCGAAGCUUGACCUCAGUGCCUCUUGGGAUCCCGGAGGGCGUAACCGUACUCUACCUCCACAACAACCAAAUUAAUAAUGCUGGAUUUCCUGCGGAACUGCACAGUGUACAGUCGGUGCACACGGUCUACCUGUACGGCAACCAACUGGACGAAUUCCCCAUGAACCUUCCCAAGAAUGUCAGAAUUCUCCAUUUGCAGGAAAACAAUAUUCAGACCAUUUCACGGGCCGCUCUUGCCCAGCUCUUGAAGCUCGAAGAGCUGCACCUGGAUGACAACUCCAUAUCCACAGUGGGGGUGGAAGACGGGGCCUUCCGGGAGGCUAUCAGCCUCAGAUUGUUGUUUUUGUCGAAGAAUCACCUGAGCAGUGUACCUGUUGGGCUUCCAGUGGACUUGCAAGAGCUGAGAGUAGAUGAAAAUCGAAUUGCUGUCAUAUCAGACAUGGCCUUCCAGAAUCUCACGAGCUUGGAGCGUCUGAUUGUGGACGGGAACCUCCUGACCAACAAGGGUAUCGCCGAGGGCACCUUCAGCCAUCUCACCAAGCUCAAGGAAUUUUCCAUCGUACGUAAUUCGCUGUCUCGCCCUCCUCCCGAUCUCCCAGGUACACAUCUGAUCAGGCUCUAUCUGCAGGACAACCAGAUAAACCACAUCCCUCUGACAGCCUUCUCCAACCUCCGCAAGCUGGAGCGGCUGGAUAUCUCCAACAACCAGCUGCGGAUGCUGACUCGAGGGGUUUUUGAUAAUCUCUCCAACCUGAAGCAGCUCACUGCUCGGAAUAACCCUUGGUUUUGUGACUGCAGUAUUAAAUGGGUCACGGAAUGGCUCAAAUAUAUCCCUUCAUCUCUCAACGUGCGGGGUUUCAUGUGCCAAGGUCCCGAACAAGUCCGGGGAAUGGCCGUCAGGGAAUUAAAUAUGAAUCUUCUGUCGUGUCCCACCACGACCCCCGGCCUGCCUCUCUUCACCCCAGCCCCGAGUACAGCUUCUCCGACCACGCAGCCUCCCACCCUCUCCAUUCCAAACCCAAGCAGAAGCCACACGCCUCCAACUCCUCCCACAUCCAAACUUCCCACGAUUCCUGACUGGGAUGGCAGAGAAAGAGUGACCCCACCGAUCUCUGAACGGAUCCAGCUCUCUAUCCAUUUCGUGAAUGAUACUUCCAUUCAAGUCAGCUGGCUCUCUCUCUUCACCGUGAUGGCAUACAAACUCACCUGGGUGAAAAUGGGCCACAGUUUGGUAGGGGGCAUCGUUCAGGAGCGCAUAGUCAGCGGUGAGAAGCAACACCUGAGCCUGGUGAAUCUAGAGCCCCGAUCCACCUACCGGAUUUGUUUAGUGCCACUGGAUGCUUUUAACUACCGCGCGGUAGAGGACACCAUUUGUUCAGAGGCCACUACCCAUGCCUCCUAUCUCAACAACGGCAGCAACACGGCGUCCAGCCACGAGCAGACGACAUCCCACAGCGUGGGCUCCCCCUUUCUGCUGGCGGGCUUGAGGGGCGCUGUGAUAUUCGUGCUCGUGGUCUUGCUCAGCGUCUUUUGCUGGCACAUGCACAAAAAGGGGCGCUACACCUCCCAGAAGUGGAAAUACAACCGGGGCCGGCGGAAAGAUGAUUAUUGCGAGGCAGGCACCAAGAAGGACAACUCCAUCCUGGAGAUGACAGAAACCAGUUUUCAGAUCGUCUCCUUAAAUAACGAUCAGCUCCUUAAAGGAGAUUUCAGACUGCAGCCCAUUUACACCCCAAAUGGGGGCAUUAAUUACACAGACUGCCAUAUCCCCAACAACAUGCGAUACUGCAACAGCAGCGUGCCAGACCUGGAGCACUGCCAUACGUGACAGCCAGAGGCCCAGCGUGAUCAAGGACGACGAUUAAACUCUUGAGAACACACUCGUGUGUGCACAUAAAGACACGCAGAUUACAUUUGAUAAAUGUUACACAGAUGCAUUUGUGCAUUUGAAUACUCUGUAAUUUAUACGGUGUACUAUAUAAUGGGAUUUAAAAAAAAAGUGCUAUCUUUUCUAUCUCAAGUUAAUUACAAACAGUUUUGUAACUCUUUGCUUUUUAAAUCUUAAAAAAAAAAAUAGAUGCUGAAGUACUGUACAGGGUUGUACAAUGAGAACCCAAUGCCAAGGCAAAAGAACGAGUGAUUCUUCCUUAGGAUACACAUCAACCACUUUGCUGUUGAAGCUGUCAGAAUAAAUUCCUGGUGGUUAGAUGAAAGGGCAGAUUAAAUUGACUCAUCAGGGUAAGAGGAAUAAUAUGCGUAAAACAAGAAAUGGCCCAGAUAUUUUCACACGAUUUCUAUGCCUCCGGGUCUGGAAGACAGGUAAAAAAAUUCUAGCAUGUAAGAAUGGAGGUAGUUACCCUGAUUUGACCCAGUGUGGGAAAUGCUGAAAGCACCAGGAGGAAGUCAGUUCCGGUGCAAUAAGUUAACCCGGCCUGACAGAAUCAAGAAAAUUGAGAUGAAAUUUGAAAAAACCUGUAAACACAGGGGUUGGCUUUCUGACUGGGAACGUAAAAAUCACGCUUUGUGCUUCCCUGCCCCUAUGUGAUAACAGAGUUAAGAGACUUGAGUCUGAUUUCAGUCAUCUUCAGGGACCGGUCUGAUGUUGUAGAAAGAAAACUCCCUUUAAAAGUGUUACUAUUCAAAUCAUAUGUCAGGUUGAAUCACAUUCAACAGAGAUAUAUUCUAGAAUACUUUUUUAGAAGAGGCUAAUAAAAUAAAGGGAAGAAUUAUAUUGAAUGGAA